GCAAGGUUACGUAACGUCCCACCGUCCGUCGGUGGGUGAAGCGGUUGACAGCAGUCGAGAGCAGGCCGAAGUGGGUAAACAAAACCAACAUAUGAACAAAAGGGAGCGAAAGCAACUUUAAAAUGGGAUUUACUUCAUAACCGUAGGAUGUGUAAUAUUGUUCUGAAGCGGCUCGAAGUCCGUUAAGGUAGAAAACCGGAAGCGAAGAGCGCGAGCGCACCUGUCAACGCGAAGUAGGUUAACGGAGCUAACGGGUGCUAGCACGUCAGCAAGCUAGCUGGCUCGUCGGACCCGCUCAGCUUAGCUUGCUCGCCCGCCGGCCAUGUCGUCCCCCUCCUCCUCCAGGCGCCAGUGGUGCUACCUGUGCGACCUGCCAAAGAUGCCGUGGACUGUGGUGUGGGACUUCAGCGAGGUGGUGUGUCGUGGCUGCGUCAACUACGAGGGAGCGAAUCAGAUCGAGUUCCUGAUAGCGAGCGCCCGACAGCUGAAACGGACUCACGGGAUGCAGGACGGGAACGUCAGGUCACCUGGUCCCUCGCCUAAUAAACACGGCACAUCUGGCAGAGGAGACGGUGCUGGGGACGGGGGCCGGCCGCACGUUGACCGCUUCGAGAGGGGAGGAAGAGGAGAAGGCGCCUUGUCCGCUAUCCGUGUGCCGCCCAACGGGCUGCACCGAGACGGCCAGCCGCCUCAAGAGGUGAACCGUCAGAGCCCCAGCGGCAGCCGAAGACCCAUGCUGGGUGCUGCUAUCCCUCCUAGUCUGGUAACUCAGAGCAUUGCGGGGAUUCCCCAUGGGCUACUUGCGGGCAUGCCGGUGGGCCUGACCGCCAGGACUGCCCCCAUGAGCAGCCCCAUGAUCUUUCCCGGCCCAGUGCUGGCCGAGAUGAGCCGCAGGCAGCUGGGGAUAGGGAUGGGGAUCGCCCCUUUCAUCACACCGGAGCUGGAACGAGAGCUCAGUUUGUCCCAGAACCAGGCCAAGAUACAGACCCAGAUGCACACGGCUGUGUCUGGCAGCAGCGCCAGCAAGGGUGCAGCAGGCAUGCCUUCAUCGUCCUCGACCCUGGCUGGAGGUGCGAGCCAGACCAGUCCCAAGCCCGCUUCAUCUCCGGCCAGGCAGCCGCGCCCCCUCACCUCGAGGUCCGGAGGGGAGUCCCUGGGAUCCAGCACCUCGGCAGAGGCAGCCACCACAGCUGCGGCGUUGCCCCACAGCGGGGCCUCUGAGCUGGGAUCAGCAUCUGCCAGCAACACCCAUUCAACUGGCAACACUCUGUCCUGCACCUUGUGUCAGGAGAGGCUGGAAGACACACACUUUGUCCAGUGUCCAUCCGUGCCAGGGCAUAGGUUCUGCUUCCCCUGCACCAGAGUGUACAUUCAGGGCCGGCGGGGCGAUGGGGAGGUGUACUGCCCCAGCGGAGAGCGCUGUCCGUUGGACAUCUCUCCCAACAGUCCCCCUUGGGCCUUCAUGCAGGGAGAGGUCUCCACCAUUCUGGGCACUGCUGCAUCAGCUGCUGCACCUGGAGCAGGGAAUGAAGCUGGGGCCGCCGCCGGAAGCGGAGCUGCCGGUGGAGCCGGAGCUGCUGCCAGUGGAGACGUCACCGUCAAGAAAGAGAGAGAGACGUGAUGAUGGUUUCCGCGUAAACCAAACCAGGAACCCAAUACAGUCCCAGAGUACACCGCAUAUCAGUGGGAGACGUCCGCAAUGGAGCUCAGCGAGAACAGAAGAAAAGCAACAUGGGGACCCACAGCGCAGAAAGCCUCUAUUGCAAAGGUCUCGAGUGCAACUGCUCACACCGUCAAAUUUGAUCAACAUUCAUGAGAGCUAAAAUUGCCUUUUUAUGAUAUUCAGAUAUUCAGGGCCAGUCAACAGCUACAGUGGCUACUUUCUGUAGAGUCGGUAGUGUCCCGGAGGAUCACAUUAGCACUACAUGUGGUGCUAAUGUCAUCCUACAUGUAGUGUACAUGUAGCCUGCAGGCUUGCUACUGUUAAAAAGUAGACACGGUUCAGUGUCUAUUGUAGCAGUACACUCAAUAUUAUGAAAGCACAAAAGCUCGUUUUGACCCAUCAAACACAAACGUUGUGGCCCCUGGUUGUUCCGUAUCUCUUGCUGAUGAGCGGCAGGAGGCCAGACUGUUAUCGGACAACAUGCAGGCUGUUUUGAGUCGCCACAAGUUGGAAGUUGCUGUGCCAUUGCUCGGUCUAAAUAAAAUAUUUAAGCUUCUACAAAUGCAAUUUAGAAUAAGAACUGACCGUCAUCGCGACAAAGUGUACCUUAAAUUUGAAAUGCAAAUGUAUUUUUUAUUGUUUCAUGACUGAAUCUGUCUUUUGGUGCACAUCAGAUUUUUGUACAUUUUUUGGGGGGGGUUUCAAAUUAAACGAUAAACUAAUCUUUAAAAAAGCCGACAUGAGAUACGGACAGAAUGCCAGUAAUGACUUUUCACUGUGUCCCUGCAUUUCUUUUUUAAAUCAAGCUGAGUGUAGAUAACAACCUAAGCAUAGGCCAGAUUGUGUUAUCUGUAUUUAAAGCUUUCAUACGAGAUCCAGCCCAGCCUACGCUUUAUACCCCGAAUGUAUAUGAAAAGAUAUCUAUUGGUAGGCCUAGGACUAAAUUUUAUACUAGAAUGUCAAAUGUUAUAUACUGUAUAGAUCUAUGAUAGUAUGUGCAAUCCUUAGUCAUAUUAUAUGCAACGGUUUCGAACGUGUGAUUAAAAACGAUUGGGUAUCAUUUCCUAAACCUAAACCUUUUGGUUUUUGUGAAGGGGAGAAUCCACCAAUAAGCAGAAUGUUGUUUAUGAAUUAGUUACUUCUAAAGUAGAGACGAGACACUUUUGUAGAGUUGAAACUGUAUUUAAAAGUAUAUUUUUUAUGUUUUGAAAUCCUCAGCGUUGCAGAAGGUGAAAUUAUUAAUCGUAUUGAUUCGAACAAACAACUGACAGUCUGUUAAAUGUGCAUUCCAUUCAUAUCCAUCGUUCCUGUCAUGUGGAUGAACAUACAUACUGUACUUGUGAUGAAAGACUUUGCAGGGACCUAAUGUUCCUAAAUUGAACAAAUCAGCGUUACAACAAAUGGAGUCAUUUUUUUGGGUGGAUUAUCUCUAUGUGCAGCAUGUAGGGCUCAUACUUUCUUCUGUGAGUGGAAUCCUAUUGUGAUGAAAUAUCGUGAGACGCCAUAUCCCCUCUUCAUUCAUAACGAGCACAGACUGACUCAAAUUGCCAAGAAAAUCGUGAUUAUUUUGCACUAAAGUUUCCAUUAAAUAAGAAAA